AUGAUUUCCCGGCUACGUUUAGCCACUAAAAUCGGUAAUUGUUUAUUUUCUUUUUUGAAGUUUAUUACUUUGUUUAUGACUCUGUAACUCUGCACUGAAAAUAGAGUGGUUUGGCUCUGUCAGAUCAAUGAUGUAACUUGCAAAAUAGGUUGCAAUUCUAAAGUUCAUGAGCCAAAUAUCUGGCGGCGUUAUAUGUUCUCAUGAAGUAAAAUUAUACCUCUAGAUCCUGUUCAUUCGCAUUAAUAGACUAGUGGUACACAACUUCCUUUAAAUAUGUAUAAAAGUCAACUCACAUAUGGUAGGUUAAAGGAAAAAUCUUGGGACAAAACUGGACUUAUCAUCAAUUUAUGCUACAUGGAAAUUUAGGGCUCAGCCACUUGUAUAUAAGCUUAUAUAGAAGCUUAAGUAAACUUAAGACCGCGAUAUAUGCCACUUACAUUUUACUUUUGAGUUUGAACCUGCUUGGGUAAUUGAGUUUGUAGUAACAAUAUUAUCUUAUAGGUGGUGCAGCCAGAUUGCUGCAACAUGGAAGGAUCAGGUGAGUGUGGAUAAACAACCUUAUGGUACAUUACGUAUACAUGGAAGGUGAAAUCCUAAGGGUUAGUGGGGUCUGUCAAGCCAAGCUAUCUAACCAGGGCAAUCAUCAGUCAUGACUGUAUCUAUUUUUAUUGAUCAAACUUUGCUCGCGUUAGGAGACUUUGUGUGUGACUUUAUAACUGAUUGCCAAAUCCAGAUAAUAGUGCAGUGGCAUUAUCAUCGCCCCUAAAAAUGUUUACCUACUAAUUCCCCAGAUUCAGCUGAGCUUAAUCAUGGGGGGAACUGGCCAGCAUUUGGUUGCUAAAAAGGUGGUGUUUAGUGGCAGUGCACAUGCACAUCAAUGUCUAUAUGAAUUCAGUCCGCUCUUCACUUUGUCUGUCUUGCUUUUAGUAUCUGGUCACUUUGUUCUGUGGUCAGAUUGCUCCAAGCCAGAUUGUUCCACUUUAUAGUCACAUUGUUUCACAAUAUAGUCAGAACUUUUCAUGAGUCUUUAAGCCAUGAGCGAAAACAAGGGUGCUACUGAUGUGUAUACUUCUUUCUUUUAGCCAUGAGCCAAAAAAAGAAACGUGCUUUACAUCGAGUUUUACACUAAAACUGUGGUUCGAACGAUCUGACCGUAAAAUAGAACAAUCUGACCAUGCAACGAUGCAGGGUUUGAGCCAGCUUUAUUGCCUCAGGAGACAAUUUGUCCCUCUGUGGCCCUUGCAAAGGGACAAAUAGGCAACAGCAGGGGACAGAAAAUAUCUUAUUACAUUGCCUUUCUCCUAUCCAAUAAAGUGUCUUUCUGUUGCCCAAGAAAAAAAAAAAAGAAAACAACUUUAAUCCAAUGCUAUGGCUGGUUUAUUUAAGCAUACAAAAAUGUAUAUAGUGGGAAUGGUAAUUGUUAAUUUAAUUUCAGUUUUACAGUUUGUAAAUUUACACUACAGUAAUACUUUGAUUCCUGAACAGUGACCAAACUUGCUGUCUAAUGCACAGUUUAAGUAAAUAGAAACUUUUAACAUGUUCUCAAAUUUAUAGCAGACACUGAAUAAGAAAGUUAGGAUGAAACAAUUUCAUUCCAUCUUUUCGUUUACAAGAGAAGUCAAAUGUUUGUAGCAUAGAGAGUUUUUAAAGCGUAAAUAAAGGCAGAUGGUUCAGGUUUUGGCUCUCAUCUUUUCAUUGUUCUAUUCCCUGUAAGCCACAUUAAAGUCAAACUUUCUUUUAGGGCCUUCAAUGUCAAUUGUCAUCAACACAUUUAGGCGAGAAGUACUUAGCCUGAGAGCAGUUUUUAUGCAAUUUUGUUAUCAUUCAACUAUUUCAUCUGAAAAUUGCGAGGUUUUGAAUUAGGAAGUUGAGCAUCAGUUUCUUCUCGUGAUCCUUCCUCGCAUAUGAAUUUGUUUUCAGUUUUCUCUUCUUGGUCGAUGGUUUUACUUCUUUCACUUCAAAAUAACUCAAGAUUUUCCUCUUGGACAUUGUUCCAAAGAAUAUAUCUGAUGACAAACAGAGCAGGGCACUUUGGUCCACAGAUAAAAUGAGCUGUAAACAUGUGCAUGUUUAAAGCCACUCAUGCAUGCAAUGCUGUUCUCAUGUUACUUCCAAAUAUGGUGAUCCUCAGUAGGUUAUUAGUAUUUCAAGCCAUUGAUUUCAAAACAGCACGUGACAGGUUUGGAAUGCUGUCCAAGGUCGGAACGCGAGUGAAUGGUGUUUUUUGAUAAGGCGCUGAUAAACGAUUUUUAUUCAGUUAUUUUAGCGAUGAUAAUAAUAAUAUGAAUAUGUGAAAUGUUAGCCGGCAAAAAAAUACAUUAUUUUUAAAAUAACACCGUCCUGGCUUUCUGAUCUGUAUGAAUUUGUACAAACUUCUUCCAUUUAGUUUGGACCUAGAGGAACAUUUAUGGCCCGUCCAUCUAAUUUUAAGGGAGAAAUUGUCCUGCAAGGGGGAGAAUGUUGCAAGUUCGCGCUCUGGCUCAAACCCUGAAUGACGUGACGAUAAACCUUGCUUUCACUUCAUUGCUGUUAAGAAUUUUCAUAAACAAUGAGCUACAUCAGCUAGAACUUUAUCAGCUAGCUCUUAUGUCAAGCUCUACACCUCCAGCGUGCAAAGAAAGUAGUGUCAGAUAGCCCGGGGCUAGUGGAUUUUGCUAUCGGGCUAGUGAAUUCUAUUUUUAACUUGCCCAAUGGGCAAGUGAUGUUUUUCGAGAAAUUCGUAUAACAGAAGAACUGUGAAAUCAAUUCUGCUUGUCAAAAAGUUUUUUGGUCUAGUUAAAGUGACGUCUGGGCUAGUAAAUGCUAGCUUCAGCUUGCCUGCAUGGCAAGUUGUAAAAAUGAUUUUCUUUGCACCCUGACCUCUUAUGCAUAAAAUUAGCACAAGGGAAGUUGUAUGUCAUUAUAUUGCAUCUCCAUUAGAUAAUAAUUUGUCCAGUUGAUCUAAAAUUACUUAUUUUCUCUCAGUGUUCCAGCAACUACAAGGCUGAUGUGUCAAGUUCCAGAAGCCAAAGGUAUCAUUAUUGAUUUGCAGAUGUUCUUUUCUACGGUUUUAAAAGUGUACAUCCCCAGGCCCUGGCCAUUCAAACAUUGGAUAGUGCUCUCCAUAAGAUAAAUUCAUUACUAUCCAGUGGAUAAGUGUGAGGGAAAACAAUUGGCAUUAUCCCUUGGAUAGAGAUUUUUCCAGUGGAUAAAACACUAUUAAUUUUUAUUAUUAAUUACCUCGUCCACCUUUAGGACAUCUUGGCCCAUUGCCUCAAUCUGCAACUGUUUUGAUUGCCAUGACAGUGGAAAAAAAUAAGAGCAACUUAUAUUACUUCAUAUGGCACCAAUUUCCUGACCAUUGUGCUGCUAUGUUUUAAGGGUAAUGUUGUAAGACACUAUUAAGCCACAAAAUCAAUCUUCUCUGCCGUCCCUUCUUUUGAUAUGCUACUUUUACACACACAUAGUUACCUUCAUACAAUUAUGCUUUACACUGCUUUACUUUUGAUAGAAGAUGAACCAGAGUUUGGACAGUUUUUUAAAGAUAUCAGUACCAUGCUGAAGGAAAAGACUGGAGAAACAGGUGAGAAUAUGUAACAAAACUUUUUGUGGGUUUCUCACAAGAAUGAAGAUAAAUGAAAGAGAAAAAUACCUAUUCAACCAUUAAUAUUUCAGGUCCUUCACUUCUCAUUGGAGGAUUUCUUGCAUAUGCACUCUCAAAAGAAUUACUUGUUCUUCAUGAUGAGGUACUUAUGGUUAAAAGUUAAUAAUUAAUUUUACUUGUAGUGUUUUUUCCUUUAAAAUAAGGCUGUCCAAUCCAUUGAAUCCAUUCCAAUCUAUUGAAGGGGUGCAUGGCCUUAUUUGCUUAAAAUAGUGAAGGAACAUUUAAAUAAGAAAAUAAUGAUGAAAGAAUGCACAGGUGGACAAAAGUGAAGAACAUUAUAACCAAAUAUCAGGGGCACCCAAUGACUGUUUUUUGUAAAAUAUCUGUUCGGAGAAGCAAGUAUUGCCUAGAAUGUUCUAUUACUUGAGGAAGGCUAAAAAUUUCUAGAUGACUGUUCCAUUCAUGUAAAAUUUUCAAAGCUUAUCUAAUAAAUUCCUUAUGAGUUUGAUUUUUCACAUUUCACACCCCAGGUUGGGCUAUUUUUCGUAGGAAAAAGGAAACCUAAAAUUUUGGGAUCCAAAAAUGUGAUGGAAACAGUAAUCAAAAAAAAUUUUCCUUUUUGUAAUGUGCUAAAUUUCACCUAACAUUUUCGGGAACAUAAUACUGAAGCCCUAGUAAUUUCGAAAAGACUCAAGUUGCCCUAGGAUGACCGAACAGAUACAAAUUUUAUAGCGCCGCUUAGAAUGCAUUUCUAGAGGUCUAAAAAUACUCUGGAUAACCUAAAAAGUGUUUUAAAUGAGUUUGGGUGGAAACCGCCAUUGGGUGCCCCUGAAACAUGCAUUGGGUUUUUUAUAAACUGUCUAGCCUAACAAUUUUUCAAAGUUUACUUUUGUUGUGUAAUUUUGAAAAUGUUUAUUAUAAUGCCUGUGACACACAUUUACUUGAUAUGAAGUUGUCAUUUUGUAAUUUAGAAGUAACGUCAUGUCUUACAUUAUUUGUCAUAGUGAGCAUUUAUCAAACUAAAGUAGCUGGACUGAACUGCUAUGACAUAGCCUGUUCUGUGGCAUUUUGUUACAAGGGUUGAGGCAUUUUGUUACUGUUGCAACUUAUGCAUCUUUUUAAUAAGGGCUGUGGCAUUUUGUAAUGAAUGGAAGCUACUGGUAUGCAGGGCUUUAGCAUUUUGUAAUAAUUGUUAGUCCAUGCAAUUUGUAACAAUGUCCUGAUGCAAAUUGUCAGUAGACCUGCACCAUUCUAAACCUCUUAUUUUACUGGUCCCCUUUAAUCACCUCCAUUGUUUUCAGGGAUAGGGGCAUUGUUGUGUGACAGUCCCUAUUGUUUUCCCAGCUAAUCAAAAACAAUCUUUCAAACAGGUGCGAGAUCGCCCCAAAUUGAAAUAACCUUUUUUGCAAAAACAAUGUACAAACAAGUGGGAAGUACAAAAAAAUUGCUGUUAUAAAACACAUAGUAAUUACAUUGAAAUGCACAUAUUGCAAAAUGCUGCAGGACAUAGUUCCUUUUGAGCUAAUUUGCUGCUUUGUCUGCCUUGUCCUUGAUUUCACUUCUUAAACAUUGUUUUGCAGACUGUUCUUGCCGGUGUCAUGGGAGCAACUCUUUAUGUCCUUGCCCGAAAGAUCAGCCAGCCAGUAAGAGAGUUUCUCGAUGGCAGAUCUCAGGUUAGUAAGUGGGGCCUGUUGCACAUUAAGUUUAAAAAUCUGUCUCAUAAGUUUCAUUUUACCACAGCGAAAGCAGCUGUUAUUUACCAUAACAGUUAUUUACCUCUGUGGUACCAACUUUUUCUUUAAUGUUAACAACUUCUAUUGAUGAAACAGGGCAUCCUUGAUAUGUUUAAUGAAGGCCGUAACGCUGAAAUUGGGGAAUUAGAGAAGCAAAUAGAAGAAGUGAAGAAAGUUGAGUACAUGCUGACGGCCAGGAAGGAUAUUGUGGAGGUCAUGCGGGUAAGAUUGUACAUCUAGUUUUCCUAAGCAUUUCUGAAUUCCAUAUGUACACGGGUCAAGGUCAAUUUAAUCAAUGGUUGAAUGGAAAAGAGAAGUAUGCCCCCUUGCCAAAACUCAGCCUGUUAGUGCAAAUUGGUGGGUAGAUAUAAGCACAGGUUUGCACUGAUGUCUCCAUAUAAAUCCUGCUAAAACUGGCUUGGAUAGUAAUGUUAACGAUCCUGGUCUAUUUUAGCAGGAUUUAUAUGGAGUCAUUGGAGCACAACGUUAUCUCUACGCCAAUUUGAACCAACAGGCUGAUUUUUCGAAAGUGUACAUUUUUCAUUUUUUUUGUCUUUCUUGAUAUGCCAAAUAAUCCCAUAAGUUAACAAAUAUAGUUUUUGUGACAUCAUCAUGACCUCUUUUUUAUAACCAUGAAGAAUAUGUUGUGGUUAAUGUUGAGAAGGUGGAAACUGAAAAGUAAAAACUAUUGUAUGAAGGGCCUUUCAAACAGUUACAAAAUUUGAAGAAAACAACCUCCUUUUAUGCACAAAAGAAGAAGAGCACGUAAUUAAAGGCUGUUGUUUCAUCACUUACUUUGUGUGUUUUUAGACCCUGCUGAUAGUGUGCAUUGCCAACAUGCUACCUCUUUAGAACUGCCUGGUACAGCUGCAUUUUGUCAUCUUUCAUUACAAAAAAUUUAUUUAUAUACACUUUUCAAAUACAUUUGCAUUAUUGACUUGUAUCUAAAUUCUUUCGCAUUUACCAACAUGAACAUUGUAUGUUACUGAAACUGAUGAUAGUGUUACUAUAAUCUAUAAUAAUAUUUGUGGGUAAAUCUGAUUCACAGUGGUUCAAUGUAGGUGUAAAUUAAUUUAAAGUAAGAUUAUUAAAUGCUGCAAUGUUAAUCUGGAAGCAUCUGAUGUUGGUAAAAAAACCUUUGCUUUUUGCAGGAAAAUAAUGCUAUGGCUCUGGAACUUAACUACCGCAAUAAGCUUCAUGAAGUUGUCAGAGAGGUCAAGAAACGCUUGGUAAGAAUUUCUGUUAUGUCUGGUGACAAAGUGUUACUUUUGUUGUGCAAUUGUUUAUAUUUCUGUGUUUUAGCAUUAGAAAUAUCAUUUGCUUCCUCUUUGUAUUUCUUUGACCUGUUGUCUAUGCUAUACACGUAAAUUGAAUUUCAAGGAUUAAAAAUGAAUGCAUAUUAAUUGCAGGAUUAUCAAGCAGAGAUUGAAGCUUUUCAGCGAAGAACAGAACAGCAGCAUAUAGUUGACUGGGUGGAAAGAGAAGUUGUAAAGAGUAUUUCUCCUCAGCUGGUAUGUACCAUGUGUAGGGAAUAGAAGGCAAUAAAGUGUCUCUAACUGACUGCAGAUAAGUACUAAAUACCUCUUCAUAAUCAAGUUUAAUGUCCAUACUGCAAGUUACGGACUGAGUAAUGAUAAUCCGUUCCUUACAGUAUGGACCAAGAAAACAAGGUCAGUAAGAUAAUUAUUAUUUUACCUAGUGGUACAGGAAAGGAAAGGAAACAUUCAAACUUAGCAGGCCCUACAAAUUAUAGAAUUUUUGGCCUCAAGGCUUUGCUCUAAGAAAAAUUGAAGGGAGGCCAGUGCUCUAAACUUGUGAAAUCCAGUGUGCCCAGCAAAUGAUUUCUAUGAAAAAGCAAAGAUUUUCUAGUUGCCCGAGAACAAAAGUUAUGCGCCACGGGCCACCAGGCUCUGCUAGAGCACAGCCUUGGGCCUAGAAAAUUGAUCAAUCACAGUGUGCAGUAGCCUCCCCGCAGACGUCCUUUGGGGUUUGAAAUGAAUGCGUGACAAACGAAUGCCAAAGGACGUCUGCGGGGAGGCUGAGUGUGCAGAAUUGUCACUGAGAUUUCAAGUUACUGCGUAGAUACAACAAGUAGGCUAGGAAUCAAACAGCCAGGGGUUUCUUUUGGUUCUAUUUUCCUUCUAUUUUCCAUUGAAAAUAGCCAGGGGAACGUUCAUAGUAGCUGGGGGAAAUUCCCGGCCCCUGGCUCUUAAUGACGGCCCUGCGGUGGGCAUACUAACUGAGAGAUGUAAUACUAUACAACAACUUAUUAAAGAGGGCCUAGAGGAGAGGAUGGACAGAGGUUGAACCGUGCUUUUAAGUCUUGUGUUCAUGAUUUCACUCUGAUGGUCUCACUUCCCUCUGUCAUCACCCAUGUUUGGAAAUAAAGAAGGAGAACAGCAUCUGAAUUAUGAUACCAUAAGACAUGAGGAAAGGUAGCAGUAAUCUGAAAAUAAAGGAGUUGAAUGAAAAAACGCUUUGACUUCAGUUACCAACAGUCUGUGGAAAAAUGGAGCUCAAUGGAAGUAAACUAUCCCUUAUACAAUAUUAUGUAUAUAUAAUAUUAUAUAUAUACAUAAUAUUAUGUAUAUAUAUUUCUUAUUAAUAAGUUAUAUAAGUAGUGUCCCCGAUUAGUAGGCCUGACGGCAAGCUAGAAGACUAGACACUUAAAUAAAGUUGUUGAUUGAUUGAUUGAUACAUAUUAUGCUGUUUCACAAGCAAAUGGAGUGCUAUUAUAAAAUGCUUUGUCUGAUGACCAGAUUAACUGUAAUUUAAUAUCUGAUUGCUCUUCAGGAGAAAGAAAGUGUCAACCAGUGUAUAAAAGAUCUAAAAGCUAUGGCUCCAGCAUAG